UACGACCCAGAAUCCACUAUGAUAGAUGAGUUUGGCGAUUUCUUCGAUCGCUCCGGCUAUCGGUACCAGUUACGUGGAUCCGCUAUUGCCUACAAAGUACACAGAAACAAUACUAAUGUGACAUUUCCUCAUAUUGUCCAGUUAUCAGCGAAAAUAACCGACAAUCGUAGCAUACGCACCGCAGAUGCUGAGAAGGUCGCUGAAAAAGUAUAUCAAACACUUUCGAUGGAAGGUGCAGUGUUUUCAAAACAUAUCGAGUUGAUUACUCCUUGA